CUCGAGUGAAGGAAAGGAGACAAGGAGACUUGCAGAGGUUGUGUGAGUGUUGGAAUGGGACACUGCUUUUGUUCAACAGCAGGUGCGAGGUCUGAUUAAGUGAUGUCAAAGCGACUACGAAGCAGAGAGGUUUGCGCCGACUGCAGCGCUGCUGAGCCUCGCUGGGCCUCUGUUAAUAGAGGUGUGUUGAUCUGUGAUGAGUGCUGUAGCAUUCACAGAGGUCUGGGGCGACACAGUUCUCAAGUCCGACAUCUGAGUCAUUCUCCAUGGCCGCCCUCACAGUUACAGAUGGUUCAGACACUAUAUGGCAACGGUGCAAAUUCCAUAUGGGAGCACAGCCUUUUGGACCCUUCAGCAAGUGGGAAACGCAAGGCCAACCCUCAAGACAGAGUUCAUCCCAACAAGACAGAGUUCAUCAAGGUCAAAUAUCAGAUGUUGGCGUACGUCCAUCGGAUGCCUUGUCGUGAGGAUGACAGUGUAACUGCAAAAGACCUCAGUAAGCAACUCCACUCUAGUGUGCGGACUGGCAACCUGGAAACCUGCCUCCGACUUUUAUCUUUGGGAGCACAGGCCAACUUCUUCCAUCCAGAAAAAGGAAACACCCCAUUACACAUAGCAGCAAAAGCAGGGCAGUUAUUACAAGCAGAAUUGCUGGCGGUUUACGGAGCUGAUCCCGGGGCUCUGGACUCCAGUGGAAAAACACCGAUUGAUUAUGCAAGACAAGCUGGGCAUCAGGAGCUAGCGGAGAGGCUAGUGGAGAUCCAGUAUGAACUGACUGACCGGUUAACAUUUUACCUUUGUGGAAGAAGGCCAGAUCACAGGAAUGCUCAACACUUCAUCAUUCCACAGAUGGCAGACAGAAAUAACAGUCUGGAUUUAUCAGAGUUUGCAAAAGCUGCAAAGAAGAAACUCCAGUCUUUAAGUAAUCACCAAUUUGAAGAACUUGCUAUGGAUGUUUAUGAUGAAGUUGACAGAAGAGAAACAGAUGCAGUGUGGUUGGCCACGCAGAACCACAGUACGCUUGUAACAGACACCACAGUUGUGCCUUUUCUGCCUGUCAAUCCUGAAUACUCCUCCACCAGAAAUCAGGGCCGCCAAAAGUUGGCACGGUUCAGUGCUCAUGAGUUUGCUACCCUUGUCAUUGAUAUUUUAACUGAUGCCAAAUGCCGGCAAUGGGGGAAUUGCUGCGAAAGCCCCAGAGAAAACGUGGAGCUGAUCCUUCAGGGUCUUGACAGCCGACACAACAGUGAGAGCCAGGACAUCGACCAGCCAGAUUAUGACAGUGUGGCAUCAGAUGAAGAGCCUGUGGAGGAGGCCACCUGUGGAGACAGUUGCAAUGACGGAAGGACCAAGAGCUCUGAGUCAUCUGACCUUUCUGAUGGACCAAUCACAGUGCAGGAAUUUAUGGAGGUGAAAAGUGCCCUCACCGCUUCAGAAGCCAAGAUUCAGCAACUCCUUAAAGUAAACUGUCACCUGAGUGAAGAGCUGCGCUUGAUGCAGAGCAAGCUUAACUCCCUGCAAACUGAAAACACGACACUUCGAUGGCAGACCCCCAGCGGACCACAGCAGCUCCAGAGGCCCUUUGGUCAACACCCACCUCGCGGGGGUCGGCCCAUGUCCAUGUACGAGACCGGUUCAAGUUUGAGACAGUACCCACACCGUGCUGAAACGGUUCGUCAGGAGGAUGGAGUCAUUUUACAACCCUUCCCAGCUAAUAUUGGGAGGGGCCCUUUGGGGACUGCCGCUUCCUCUCUCCCUACAUUCCCCUCUUCCUUGUCCUGGUCAUGGGAUGAAAGAUCUCGACGGGGCUGCAGUCUGGAAGGUCACAGCACCAUGCUGGGGAGCGACUUUGACACAACGCCCAACCACUCUGAACUCAAAGAGACUGGCAGCCCUCUUCCAACUUCUGAAUCUGUAGAGCCAGAGGAAGAAGGUGAGGAAGAUCCCAGCCUGCCGUGCACUGAGGAUGUCAUCUGUAAAACUGAACAGAUCACAAAGAACAUUCAAGAGCUUCUGAGAGCUGCGCAGGAGACCAACCACGAAAGUUUUUUGCCGUGUUCAGAAAAGAUCUGCGUGGCUGUGACAGAGAUGGCCACCCUGUUUCCCAAGAGGCCGUCCUUGGAGACUGUGCGGAGUUCUCUGUUUUUGCUCACAUCCAGUGCCAGCCGGCUCCACGGAGAGUGCCAGAUGGCCUCAGACCACACCUCCUGCCCGUCAGAUGUCCAGCUGGUCACUCAGCAGGUCAUCCAGUGCGCCUACGACAUUGCCAAAGCUGCCAAGCAACUUGUGACUGUGACAACCAAAGAAAACAACAACUAACCCAAAGGCAUAUCUGUUACACCCAAAAUACAGUUUAUCACUGAUGCGACACUGGUUUGGUAUGCUGUAUUAUUCUGUGUAAUCAAGCAUUCACUCUACCUGAGGCGGGGAUGUGAAAAUAUGAAUUUAAAUCUUUAUUUAUUUCGCAGUUUGUGUGUUAUUGUAAUAGGAAAAGAAUAUGCAUCUUACAAAGGUGUAGGUGACAAAUCCUCAUGUUCGUCAUUACCUCAGCAAGAAAAAAAAAAAAAGGGUUAAAGCUAUAGUGUGUAGGAUUUAGUGUCAUCUAAUGGUGAGGUUGU